AUGGGAGCAGAGAGGGUUUGUAUCAAGGCUCCUGAAUUCACGCAGGAUGAAGCAGAAGUCUACUCCUUGACAAACAUGGAGGACAGCAUUGGAAUCAAAGGAUGUGAGUUCAAGUCUUGGCUCUUCAGAGUCUAUUAGGCUUGCUCUCAAAUUCUUUUGUGCGGUGAAGUCAAGAAUCUGUACCUGCUCACCAGCAACAAAACCACAGUGAAGGAGCAGAAUGCCUGUCUGACUCACCCUGACAGAUCUGCUAUGGCAGGUCUGCUGUUGUAG